UGUUUUGAGUGACACACUUUCGAUCCCGCGAUAUAAAAUGAAGGAACGCCAUUAGCGGGUAGUUUCCAAACACAGUUUCAGAGAAGCGUCUUAAUAAACGCUAACCUCUCCUAGUUGCUCUGCUCCUUCUUCUUCAAUCUUCCUUCUCCUUCUUAGAUUUCGAUACUCUUUCUGCGAUUAACCUGAGAAAAUGAGAGAGUGCAUUUCGAUCCACAUUGGUCAGGCCGGUAUUCAGGUCGGAAAUGCUUGCUGGGAGCUCUACUGCCUCGAACACGGCAUUCAGCCUGAUGGCCAGAUGCCAGGUGAUAAGACCGUUGGGGGAGGUGAUGAUGCUUUCAACACCUUCUUCAGUGAAACUGGAGCUGGAAAGCAUGUACCCCGUGCAGUUUUUGUAGAUCUUGAGCCCACUGUCAUUGAUGAAGUGAGGACUGGCACAUAUCGUCAACUAUUCCAUCCUGAGCAACUCAUUAGCGGAAAGGAGGACGCGGCAAACAACUUUGCCCGUGGCCACUAUACCAUUGGGAAGGAGAUAGUUGAUCUUUGCUUGGACCGUAUCAGAAAGCUUGCAGAUAACUGUACUGGUCUGCAAGGUUUUCUGGUGUUCAAUGCCGUAGGUGGUGGCACUGGUUCUGGCCUUGGAUCCCUUUUGCUGGAGAGGCUUUCAGUGGAUUAUGGCAAGAAGUCCAAGCUUGGUUUCACUGUCUAUCCUUCACCACAGGUUUCAACUUCUGUUGUUGAGCCUUACAACAGUGUCCUCUCUACCCAUUCCCUUCUUGAGCACACUGAUGUUGCUGUGUUGCUCGACAAUGAAGCCAUAUAUGAUAUUUGCAGGCGCUCCCUUGACAUUGACCGACCAACCUACACUAACCUCAAUCGCCUUGUCUCUCAAGUGAUUUCAUCGCUGACAGCCUCUCUGCGGUUUGAUGGUGCGCUGAACGUUGAUGUCACCGAGUUCCAAACUAACUUGGUACCAUACCCCAGGAUCCACUUCAUGCUUUCAUCCUAUGCACCUGUGAUCUCAGCAGAGAAGGCAUACCAUGAACAACUAUCAGUGAAUGAAAUCACCAACAGCGCAUUCGAGCCAUCUUCUAUGAUGGCAAAAUGUGAUCCACGCCAUGGAAAAUAUAUGGCUUGCUGUCUCAUGUACAGAGGUGAUGUGGUGCCUAAAGAUGUCAAUGCAGCUGUGGCAACUAUUAAGACCAAGCGCACUAUUCAAUUUGUUGACUGGUGCCCCACUGGAUUCAAAUGCGGAAUCAAUUAUCAACCUCCAACUGUUGUUCCAGGAGGUGAUCUUGCCAAGGUGCAGAGGGCUGUUUGCAUGAUCUCAAACUCCACCAGUGUUGCCGAGGUUUUCUCCCGCAUUGACCACAAAUUCGACCUUAUGUAUGCAAAGAGGGCCUUCGUUCACUGGUACGUUGGUGAGGGGAUGGAAGAGGGUGAGUUCUCUGAGGCUCGUGAAGAUCUUGCUGCCCUUGAGAAGGACUAUGAGGAGGUUGGUGCAGAGGCUACAGAAGGUGAUGAAGGUGAAGAAGGAGAGGAGUAUUGAUUUGUAAGUUUGCUCGUGCAAUGUGUAGCUUUGCUUUAUUCUAUUAUGUUUCGUGAAUAAGUUAUCGUUGCUCUUGUUUGUUUGGUGUUCCAAUGGUGGAGAUUGCUUUGUUCCAGUACUCAGUUUCAAUGUAUGACGUGGCUCUUAGCUAAAAUGAUUGGGAACUGUACUC